CGAAGGCCGUUGAACAAGAAUUCGUGGCGUUUGACCCGCUCGAAGUAUCAUCGAACGCUAUCUUUAUUAGACCCGGUCCAUUCUAUCGGCUUCACCAAUGCCCAUGAUCUCGUCCAUCUUGGCCUUCACCACAUCCAGACCCUUGCGAGUUUUCUCCUUCCCUUCUAUGACCUUUACCUCAGCCACCAAUUCCUGUAAUGUCAUUGCAUACCAACGUCCCCUCCUUCUCGAUGUCUACACCCACUUCAACUUCAGAUGCUGGUACCAGACCCACCCGAAUACUUUGCCGUCACUGCCAAUGUCAACUUCUUCCUCUGUCUCUUAUCAUGCUUGUGGAACUCAGGGUUGGAUAUCGUUAGAUGUAACCAAGCCCUCUGACAAGGAGGUCAGUCGGAAAAAGUGUUGAAGCUUAAUAAGGCAAAUGUAAAAUUUACACUUUUUUGACUAGACCGCUGGCUGCCUUUCAUAUGUAUGGCUUUGAGAUAUAAAA